UCAGCACUGCCUGAGUAAGAACUUUGCGCUGCUCCUCUCAAUUCUCUUUCACUCUUUAAACAUAGUAAGGAUGCUAAAGCGUCACCAGCUCCACCCCGGAAUGCUUUUAUUACUCUUAUGGCUCUGUUAUUUUAUGGAAGAUCAAAAAGUGCAAGCUGGUAACUGCUGGCUACAGCAAGGCAAUAACGGGAGAUGUCAGGUUCUCUACAUGCCUGGGAUGAGUCAAGAGGAAUGCUGCCGAAGUGGGAGACUCGGUACAUCCUGGACUGAGGAAGAUGUGCCAAACAGCACAUUAUUCAGGUGGAUGAUCUUCAAUGGCGGUGCUCCAAACUGCAUACCUUGUAAAGAGACAUGUGAUAAUGUGGACUGUGGCCCUGGGAAAAGAUGUAAAAUGAACAGGAGGAGUAAGCCUCGCUGCGUCUGUGCGCCAGACUGCUCCAACAUCACCUGGAAGGGGCCAGUGUGCGGCUCAGAUGGAAAAACAUACAGAGAUGAAUGUGCUCUUUUGAAAUCGAAAUGCAAAGGGCACCCUGACCUGGAGGUGCAGUAUAAAGGCAAAUGCAAAAAGACCUGCCGUGAUGUCUUGUGUCCGGGUAGUUCAACUUGUGUGGUGGACCAGACCAACAACGCCUACUGUGUGACAUGCAACCGUAUCUGCCCAGAGGUUACGUCUCCAGAGCAGUACCUUUGUGGCAAUGAUGGGAUUGUCUAUGCUAGUGCGUGUCAUUUAAGGAGGGCCACAUGCUUGCUCGGUAGAUCAAUUGGAGUGGCAUACGAAGGGAAAUGCAUCAAGGCCAAGUCGUGUGAUGACAUCCAGUGUAGCACAGGGAAGAAAUGUCUAUGGGAUGCCAAGAUGGGUCGUGGGCGCUGUGCAGUUUGCAUGGAGUCAUGCCCAGAAAGUCGCUCGGAGGAGGCAGUGUGCGCUAGCGACAACACCACAUAUCCCAGCGAGUGUGCCAUGAAGCAGGCCGCUUGCUCUUUGGGGGUUCUCCUGGAGGUUAAGCAUUCAGGAUCUUGCAACUCCAUUACUGAAGACCAGGAGGAUGAUGACGAUGAGGAAGACCAGGACUACAUGGCUUAUAUCCAUUUAUCACCAGUACUGGAUGGAUAAAGCACCAUCAACCAGUGGAACAGUCCUAGGGCAAGAAAUCAUGUCCACACUGUACAUAUGUGUAUGCUAAUUUAUUUUUCAGAGGAAAAAAAGAAGUAUACAUGUAGUUCAGUCUGCUCUAUGUUUAUUUAUACAGUGUUCUGUUUUAUAAUUUAUACAUUUACAGUGACUGUCUUCCUGUCUAUCUUGUUAUUUUGUUUUUACUUUUGUUUACUUGUCUUUUUCUCUUUUUUUUAUGACUAAGAAAUAUAUUUGUCCAAAGAGAAGCAGUGUUAUUUAUUGUGAGGUAAAAUGCUAUCAUGUAAAGUGUGAGUCUUCUGCAAGCUGUAAAUUGCAUUCCCUGAGCUGUAUAAAUGCUUAUCAAUGUCAAUUCUGUAUCACAGAUUUUUAUUUCACACAUAUCUGCAUGUUAGCUUGUGAGUUUAUUUAUUGGAGAAAAAAAAAUGGAAACACACAGGAUAAAAAAAAAAAAAAAUGUCACUCUUUAAUGUACAUGAAUAUUUCUGGUUUUGGGGGAUUAUUUUUUUUUUUGAAUUGCUCUUCAAGGUUUUGUGAUGGUGCAGCAGGAUAAUAUUGAAAAUGAGUCAUUUCUCAUAUACUGUAGGACACCCCUGACAAUUAAGGCUGGCAUCACUCAACAGCAGCAGUUUAGGUUUUUGGCGAUAGAACAGAAAUUUGCAUUAUGUGAUACUUGUUUGAGAAAACUGUGCCAUUAUGCUUUUUUGUCUUGUUUUUGCCAACAUACUGCUCCAUAUUGCUCUUGCAGAGCUAACAAAUGAAAAGAUAAAGGACUAAGUAUCAAUAUAUAAAACGUUUCACUAUGUUGUCAAAAUGCAUUUUUUUUCAGACAUCUCAAGAUAAAAACUAAAUUCAGUUAUAAAUAUAUAGUUUUGUAUUUUUUUAUGUAAAUGUCAUAUGUAUAUACAAAGUGUGAUGUAUUUGUACAGAUAUUAAGAGUGAAAUCAAUAAA